CACGAUAUUGUCCUCCGAGGGCCUCCGAGGUGCUCAGAGGCCUUCCAGGCUUCCCGCUCCGCGCAUCGCCUCCAGGUCAACGCCCUGACCAAGCAGAUCGAGACCAAGACGCAGAGAAGCGGGGAACUGGCGGUGGCAAACGCUCAGAUGGCGAACGACAUCGAGGACUCCAAGGAGGGGCUGGCGCAGGACAAGGAAUUCUUGGCCGAGCUGCAAAAGAGCUGCGGCAGCAAAGGAAAGGAGUGGGAGGAUCGCGUCAAGGUGCGCCAGGAGGAGACGGUGGCGCUGGCCGAGACGAUCAAGAUUUUGAACGACGACGAUGCUCUCGACCUGUUUAAGAAGACGCUCCCACCCCCUGGCGACAGCCUGCUGCAGGUGAAAGUCAGCCAGGCGGAGGUGCGGGCACGCGCCAGGAAGAUCCUGUUGAAGGCGGCCCACGGCGCCCAGCACGGCUCCGGCGUGCUUGCCGGCUUCGUGGCGCAGGCGCUGCAUGGCAAGAAGAUCGGCUUCGACAAGGUGACUGUCAUGAUCGAUAAGAUGAUCCAGACGCUCAUGGCGGAGCAGAAGG